GAGCACACAGGUCGGGUUUUUCGUCUGCAGUUUGAUGAAUUUCAAAUAGUGUCUUCUUCCCAUGAUGACACGAUACUUACUUGGGAUUUCCUUGAGCCGCAGCCUGAAACUCAUGUACUGAAUGGCACACUUCAGCAGACUUCAGGGCCUGCUGCUGUGCCAAGUGCUGAUGGUGGAGUACCUCAGGUUGAUCAGCAGAAUUUAGAGGAUUCUGAAAACGAUGAGUUUUCAUAG